GUGUGUGCGUGCGUGCGUGCGUGUGUGUUCGUGAGCAAGAGGGAGGGAGGAGGUGACAUCUCCACUGCUUGUCUUAUGAAGAAACCUCAGGCUUGAACCUGUGGUGGCCAUUCAGAUACGAGAAGGGUGAGGACUCUCUCCUGGUUCAGUAGAAAUGUACCGCAUGUACUAGCUGGUCUCUGCGUUGUGCUGGCAUGAUUGGGCUGCUGUGUGACUGAUUUUGGACUUUAAUUGGGACUUUCCGAAAACUCUUUUUUUAUUUUUUUACAGUUUUCUUCUGAAGAUUUGUUUAGCUCCCUCCAGGAUCCAAUGAUUACGGGGCAGCUGAGCAAGCCGCUGCUCUCCCUGCGCAGCGACAUGAGCGCGGCGGAACUCCGAGCGGACGACAAAGCGGCCACUCCAGACAGUGAUCUGAACGACGAGCCCCUGCUCCUGUCCUCCGAGGCCACGGAGAGAGAGGGCACUCCCAACAAGCUGUACGGAGCCCGUGACGGUUCAGUGCAGUCUGACGCCAGCAGCAGUCCCUCUGAACAGAGUCAACUGGGCCAGUCUCAUCCAGGAUACCCCAUGGGUCCACAGUCUCUCCUGGUGGCACAGCAACUGGCCAACGCGGUGGGCGGAGUGAUGUCCGGGGCAGGACCAGGCAUGAACCAGCCCAUCCUCAUCCCCUUCAACGCAGGCGGGCACCUGGGCGGGCAGCAGGGCCUGGUCCUCUCGCUGCCCACGGCCAACAUCCAGAGCCUGGUGGCUGCCGCCGCUGCAGGGGGCAUCAUGACUCUUCCCCUCCAGAACCUGCAAGCUACCUCAUCACUGAACUCCCAGCUCCAGCACUUGCAGCAGCUCCAGCAGUUGCAACAGCAUCACCAGCAGCAACAGCAGCAGCAGCAGCAGCAGCACCAUCACCAACAGACCCACUCCCACGCCCAGAACCAGUUGCCGUCUCAGCAUCACAUGACUCCACCCAGCCAGCAGCAGACCUCUGUCCCGUCCCCCGGCUCUGCCUGCUCCUCCACCUCUGGACAGCUGCAGCAGUCCCCGCCGCACCGACCAAACCAGUCACCGGCCCGCAGCCUGCCUUCACCAGUAACUCCACCCAUGCCUCUACCGCUAAACCCUCUGGCCAGCCAGGCGGCGGUAGCAGCGGCCAUGGGAUCCAUCGCCGGCUCUCAGGUGUUUGGCAACACCCUCUCAAACCUGCAAGGAGCCACCGGGCAGCUGGUGACCAACGCACAAGGACAGAUAAUUGGAACAAUCCCACUGAUGCCCAACUCUGCAGGGCCCUCCAGCCAAUCAGGGGGUGGCAACCCAGCACUGCAGGUACAGCCAAUUACACCUCAGCUUCUGACCAACGCUCAAGGCCAGAUCAUCGCCACAGUGAUCGGCAAUCAGAUCCUGCCUGUCAUCAACACCCAGGGAAUCACGCUGUCCCCAAUCAAGCCUGGACAGCAGCUGCCUCAGGCUCAGCAGGGUCAGACAGGCCCCGCAUCGUCUCAGCCCAACCUACUCCACAUGCCCCACCGACAGAGUCCUCUUCACCAGGCCUCUUCCUCCUCCUCCACCUCCUCCUCUUCCUCGGCUCUCAGCGUGGGGCAGCUGGUCAGCAACCCGCAGACCGCCCCCAGCGAGGUGGACGGGGUCAACCUGGAGGAGAUCCGCGAGUUCGCCAAGGCAUUCAAGAUCCGCCGGCUGUCCCUGGGCCUGACGCAGACCCAGGUGGGCCAGGCGCUCAGCGCGGCCGAGGGCCCGGCCUACAGCCAGUCUGCCAUCUGCAGACACACCAUCCUGAGAAGCCACUUUUUCCUACCACAGGAAGCCCAAGAGAACACUAUAGGUAGCAGUCUGACAGGCAAACUGAACCCUGGCCUUUUAUAUCCUGCCAGGUUUGAGAAGUUGGACAUCACCCCUAAAAGCGCCCAGAAGAUUAAGCCCGUUCUGGAGCGCUGGAUGGCCGAGGCUGAAGCCCGCCACCGAUCCGGCAUGCAGAACCUGACUGAGUUUAUCGGCAGCGAGCCUUCAAAAAAACGCAAGCGGAGGACCUCUUUCACCCCGCAGGCGCUGGAGAUCCUCAACAGCCACUUUGAGAAGAACACGCACCCGUCCGGACAGGAAAUGACGGAAAUAGCCGAGAAACUGAACUAUGACAGGGAGGUGGUGCGCGUGUGGUUCUGCAACAAGAGGCAAGCCUUGAAAAACACGAUAAAGCGCUUGAAGCAGCCCGAACUGGGCACGGCUGCGCCAAUGGACCCGCUCACCGAUUCUCUAGAGGAGCUCCCGAAAUGAGCGAGCUGCCCGACGCCGGCGUGGAGGAGGAACGUGGAAGCCAUUAAAAACAACUGGAGGUGGAUGAACUCAUCUUGAAAUGAGAGUUGAAAUACAGUAUGUCCCCGAGUCGCCUGGAUGGACACUCGUGAGUUUGCAAACAAAAACUAUGUGUUGUCAGUGUGAUUACCACAGUUAUGUAAAUGACCUUGGUGAAACCAAAAACAAAAGAGAUUAAUAUCUGAGAAAUAUGUAAAAACAUACGGUGUGCUGUUUAAGAGUUUUAGAUUCUGGCCUUCAAGACCAGACUAUCGCCCAAAUUUUGGUUCCCGCGCGGAGGGAUUUAGUAAAGAGAUCAUACCAAACCAAAACACUAUUUACCAAAGUCUGUUGCAUCUGAGUACUAAGAAUAAUUUUGUAAUGUAAAUGUGCUCUAAAUUUUUACAUUUGUACUGGCAAAUCUAAACUAUAUGUGUGAGGAUGAGUUCUACAUUUUAUCUUUGUCUCGCUUACUUUUUUCUUCAUUGUUUGUAUGUAAAUAUUUCAAGAAAAAAGAAAAAUGCUGUCUUCGAACUGAAAUCACACGCGAUGAAUUUCCUCUUUUGGACAAAAAAACGUACCUUUGCUGUUAAACAGUUGCAUAUUAUUGUUGUUUGCCUCCGAUUUGUGUUUCAUCUGCAAAUAUUUUCAGUCACGGUGUAACUUUGUACAACUUUUACAGGUAUUUAUUAAUAAUCUGAUGAGAUUGUUUCCGAGGCCUGAGGCAGAGUGGACGGAGGACAGUGACGGUUCGGUGUCUGUUAAGUCUACUGCAGCUUUGUUCCUGUGUCAUUCUGUUGCCAAAGCCUGAUAGCCAAAGAUCACAUACGCAUACAGCUCAAGGACUGGGGGAGGUUUGACCCUUUGAUUUGUUUGUGCACAUACAGUAGCUUUGACUUCCUUUUUCUAAAAAAACGUUUUACCCUGUGAAUUAAGCUGAACAAGCGCGGUCGCGUCGAGCAGUUACAAGAUGUUGUCGAGUGUAAAUCCUCAUCAAGUUCAGACAAGCAUCCGUCUGCAUGCGUCAACGCUAACAGGUCACAUUUAUUCUGUUCUUUUACUGGUAUCACUGGAAGUAAAGGUUGUUUUACACCCUUUAAUUAUCCUAUAAUUAAGGUUAUAUUAAGGCUAAUUGUUGCCACUGACCAAACUAGUGAGUUCAUUCCAAUUCAGCAACAUUUCAGCUCAGAUGUUUUCUAAAUUAACUUUGAUUAAAUCUGCAGAUUUAAAUGAAAGGUGCUUUUCUUCUCACCAUUAUGCUUCACCUGGAUUCAGAUUCAUUUCAGCCUGCUAAUAUGUCGAUGAGUUAUUCAGUCCAGACUCUUAUAUAGUAUCACCUUGUCAGAUCGUCACGUCCCAGGCGAACAGAGAGCCUCCCAGACGUCGCUCCACAUAUAAAAACAUCCCUCACAGGACGGGAUGGGGAAAAAACAAGGUGAAUGCUGAAAAUAAGUGUCACAUGUCAGAACGAGUGAACUUAAUUCGAAGUGAGGUGAAAUUUGAUGCAGUUUAUUCAGAAUCAUGUGUCUGCACGAUAUAUGCUUCCAUGUCAUGUUGGUUAUCUCAGUCUCCCAGUCCCCUGUGCACUGCUGUGUUCGUCACUGCCUGGAAAAUGCACAUACACUCAGUAAAUGUACAAAAAUCACGAGUAUCUUGACAUGUCUGCGCUACGAAAGAAAGGAAGAGAAAUUAUGAAUUCAUCUGCUUGGACAGUAGAGUAAUUCUAAUUUGAUUAUAAAUCAUUUUUGCAUUGAUGCAUUUACAACUACAGAUUUUGUCCAUUUUUGUUUUACUAAUACGUAGUUAUUUUCAGGCAAAACCUUGCCCAAGAGAGACCAUAUGUCUGCAUCAUCUGUGAGAUAAAUAUAUGAGACUCAGCAGUGGAUCAGUUCUGAGGCUUAACAGUGAAGCUGUAACCAAAAACCAAAAAAAAAAAAAAAACAGAA